AUGCCGAGUGCAACGCCGGUCCAGGACAUUGUGUCCUCGACCUCGGACUGCAUCCCCGCCGAGCCCAAGGCGCCCUCAAUCGCGCCGUCUCUCACAUACUCGGACGAGUCUGACGACCAGGAGGAACUCGUUCGCGUCGACCAUACACGUCGCCGUCGAGCAUCGACGAGGCUGAUCGCCCAGAAUGCUCGUGACAUCCAGCGCAUCACCGGCGAAACGACCGCCGAGUUCGUUGGCCGAUGCUGUGGCGGUGGCUGCUGCUUGAUGGGCGGCUCGCGGCGCACCGGCAUUGACUAUGAGCCCGUUCACGAGCCCACGAACGAGGCAUACCAGUCUCUAGGCCUGCAUAUUAACGAGAUACCGACCAGCUUGACGGGCAUCACGGAGCUGCCCGAGAAGACGGUGUCAUUCAAGUCUAUUCCUCAGCCGCGUAACAUGCCAUCGCCCACCGAUUCCGCCAUAUCCCUCGGGUCCGACCGCGACUCGACGCACACCGCGGGCACAGUGCAGGAGAAGCAAGCGUCGAGCCAUGGAUUGGGCUCCGUCGACACCUCUAUUCAGCCACCACGUUUCGUGCAACCGCACCCGCCAUACCACGUGUACCCGGCCCGCAUUCACACCAGUCGCGAGCUGACCAAGGUCGGUGCCGAGAAGCGCACCUACCACUUCGACCUCGACAUUACCGACUACCCCGUUGAAGACGGCACGGACUUCAAGGUUGGGGGUGCCAUCGGUGUCAUGGCGCCCAACUGCGACAUCGUGGUCGAUGACGUCUUGGAUGCCCUCAUGGUUCCCCGCUUCCAACGCGACAAGCCCGUGCUGCUUGUGACUAGCAAGGGUCGAUGGCCUACAGUCUGGGGCGAUGACCAGCCACGAGAGCUCGUCACUACCCGGCGAGACUUGCUCACCUGGUGCACGGAUCUGCAGUCCUACCCUCCCACCAAGCCAUUGCUCCGGGUCUUGGCUGAGCACGCCAGCGAAGAGAACGAGAAGAAGAUCUUGACGUUCCUCUGCUCCGCCGAGGGGCAGGGUGCCUUCUGCGACUUCCGGACCGGGCCGCACAUGACCAUUUCCCAGCUCCUCAACGCUUUCCCCAGCUCGCAGCCUCCCCUGGACGAGUUGCUGUCUUGCCUCCAGCCGCUCAUGCCACGGUUCUACUCUCUCUCCAAUGACCCUCACGAGUCAUACCAGAUGCGGGACCAGAAGCAGCAUCGCCUCAUCGAAAUCGCCGUCACGGUGCACGAGACCAACGACUGGAAGCGAGGGUGCCGCACAGGCGUAGGCUCUGGGUACUUUGAGCGUCAGGCUCAGCGCUUCCUCAAGGCGCAGAAGGCCGGGCAGAAGAACCCUGAGUUCUACAUCCCUAUGUUCAAGGGCUUGAUGGCGAACCCUUUGGCCAAGCAGUUCAACUCCGAGGGCCCAAUGCUCCUCAUCGGCGCCGGGGUGGGUAUCGCCCCCUUCCGAGGCUUCGUCCAGCGCCGGCUGAAGCAGGCCAACUGCGCCAACAAGGUGUGGGUGCUUCAAGGCGUUCGCGACUCGCUGCUGGACGAGAUUUACAGCGGUGAGUGGGGCGUGCACGAGGACGAGGUCAAGCGCGUCGUGCAGAGUCGCCGCGGCGAGGGCAAGUAUGUGCAGGAAGAAGUCCGCAACCAAGCGGAUCUCGUGUGGUAUAUUAUCAACGCCGUCGACGGCCGCGUCUUUGUCUGCGGUAGCUCCAAGGGCAUGGGCGAGGGUGUCGAAGAGGCGCUCAUCGACGUGGCCAUGGCCAAGGGCAACCUCGAGCGGGAGGAAGCUGGCAACUUCUGGCAGCUGAAGAAGGAGGCGGGACAGUACAUUGCGGAGACUUGGUAA